ACUCACCGCUCAUAGCCUCGAGGGGGUGGGGACCCCAGCACUGGACACAAUUCACCGUGGCCCCAGAGCCCAGCCAGUCGGACAGACUCACGGUCGGACGCAAGCCCUCGGAGCCUCAGGUGGGCAGGCUGCCAGGGUCCCUCAGAGCCGCAUCAAGCCCCCUCCCGGCUAUGGGCAUCAAGACAGCAUUGCCUGCGGCUGAGCUGGGCCUCUACUCCCUGGUGCUGAGUGGAGCCCUGGCUUAUGCUGGCCGGGACCUUCUGGAGGCAUCGCAAGAUGGGGCCCACAGGAAGACCUUCCGGGAGUCUGUUCGGCCGGGCUGGGAGUACAUUGGUCGAAAAAUGGACGUGGCUGACUUCGAGUGGGUGAUGUGGUUCACGUCCUUCCGUAAUGUCAUCCUCUUCGCCCUCUCCGGACACGUGCUUUUUGCUAAACUCUGCACAAUGAUAGCCCCCCAGUUCCGCUCCUGGAUGUACGCGGUGUACGGGGUCCUGGCUGUGGCUGGCACGAUGGGCCCCGGGUACCUGCUGCUCUUGCUAGGCCACUGUGUGGGCCUCUACGUAGUUUCCCUCUUGGGCCAGCCCUGGCUCUGUCUCGGCCUGGGUCUGGCCGGCCUGGCCUCCUUCAAGCUGGACCCUCUCAUCUCCUGGCAGAGCGGGUUUGUAACGGGCACUUUUGAUCUUCAAGAGGUGCUGUUUCACGGGGGCAGCGGCUUCACGGUGCUGCGCUGUACCAGCUUUGCGCUGGAGAGGUGUGCCCACCCCGACCGCCGCUACUCCCUGGCCGACCUGCUCAAGUACAACUUCUACCUGCCCUUCUUCUUCUUCGGGCCCAUCAUGACCUUUGACCGCUUCCACGACCAGGUGAGCCAGGUGGAGCCGGUGAGGCCGGAGGGUGAGCUGUGGCGCAUCCGGGCUCAGGCAGGCCUCAGCGUGGCCACGGUCAUGGCGGUGGACAUCUUCUUUCACUUCUUUUACAUCCUCACCAUCCCCAACGACCUCAAGUUCGUCGGCCGCCUCACCGACAGCGCUCUCGCCCUCCUGGCUUACUCCAACCUGGUGUAUGACUGGGUGAAGGCGGCCGUCCUGUUUGGUGUCGUCAACACGGUGGCGCGCCUUGACCACCUGGACCCUCCCCAGGCGCCCAAGUGCAUCACGGCGCUCUACGUCUUCGGAGAAACGCACUUUGACCGAGGCAUCAAUGACUGGCUUUGCAGGUAUGUGUACAACCGCAUUGGUGGCGAGCACACCGAGGUGGUCCCGGAGCUGGUGGCCUCAGUGGCCACAUUUGCCAUCACCACCCUGUGGCUGGGGCCCUGUGACAUUGUCUACCUGUGGUCACUCCUUAACUGCUUUGGGCUCAACUUUGAACUCUGGGUGCAGAAGCUGGCAGAGUGGGGGAUCCUAGCGAGAAUUGAGGCCUCCCUGUCAGAACAGAUGUCCCGCAGGGUCCGGGCCCUCUUCGGGGCUAUGAACUUCUGGGCCAUCAUCAUGUACAACCUCGUGAGCCUCAACAGCGUGCCGUUCACAGAGCUGGUUGCCCGGCGUCUGCUGCUCACGGGCUUCCCUCAGACCACCCUGGCUGUCCUGCUUGUUACCUACUGUGGAGUCCAGCUGGUCAAAGAGCGGGAGAGGACCCUGGCGCUGGAGGAGGAGAAGCUGGACAAAGAGAAGGCCGAGUAGGCGGCGAGGAAAAGGACCCAGCUUCGCUCAGCUAGGCCUGGGCCCCAGGCUCGGGUCAGGCUGACGGGGCCUGGCCCCACCGGGGAAUAAAAUACUUUUCUACCAGA